AUGCCACCCUUUGCAACUCUUUAUACUACUACCAAAUUUCUGCAUGCCAAAGUCACAAAGACCUUGGCAGCUGCCGCGCUGAACCACCUCGAAAUAAAAGUUGAUACUGACUUCAACUAUCCCGUAACGAACAAAACUACGGAGUACCUCGCAAAAUUUCCGCACGGCAAGAUUCCGGCAAUCGAGACUCCCUCUGGAUUUUGCCUUUCGGAAGCAGGAGCUAUAGCUCACUACGUUGCAGAAUCUGGGCCUGCGAGGGAUCAACUAUUAGGUAGAAAUCCCGAGGAGAGGGCUUUGGUGCAAAUGUGGAUAUCUCUUGCAGACACCGAUAUCUUUCCAAAUGGUAUAAUCAUCAUGCAGUCAAAAUACCCUGCCGAAACCGAGUGCAUGGCCAAGGAUAGUUUUCUACGAGCGCUCGAACGCGUUGAGCAGCAUUUGAGCCAAGAAGGAAAGGUUUGGAUUGUCAGGAAUGAUGAAUUCAGCCUUGCAGAUCUGAGUAUUGCAGCGAGUCUGUACUGGCCCCUGGAAAGGAUCUUGGACGAAGAGUAUAGGAAUGAAUUCCCUAAAAUCAUGGACUGGUGGAACAGGUUGAUGAGGGUUGAUGAGGUUGCGCAGGCGUACCAGGCACCGAUUCAAUUUUGCCACGUAAGCUCGAUGCGGUAA